AGAAGAUAAUCAAUAUCUUCGGGAGAUAUAUCAAUAUAUCUUCAGGAAUUAUUCUAAAUAUUUUCUGAAUUCAACUCUUAUAAACAUUCAAAAAUUUGAGGUGGUAAUACUGAUUCCGUUCAAAGAAUAAAUUUACAGAGCCCUCUGUAAAAUCGACUUUCAUUAAACGAAAGCAAUUUGCUUGUAAAAAAUUCAUAUAUUAUUGCUGUUUCAUCUUAAUUAUAAUUCAGAUUUAACAGUACUUGAGUUACAGCAAAAACAAAAUUAAUUACAAGAAUGACAAAUAUCCUCCAACAAAAUAACUAUUCAAACUGUUUAGAGGAAUUUAAGAAACCUGGAAAUUUACCACCACCAUCACCAUUUUUUGUAAAAACAAAUUAUGAAGUUAAUAAUUUAGAUUAUAGGUUUGAAUUUGUCAGAUUAAAAAGCUUUAAAAAGUGGCCCGUCUCAUUUGUAAACCCUAGGACUCUUGCAGCGGCAGGGUUUUAUUACGUGGGUGAAAGUGAUCGUGUACAAUGUUUUGAAUGUCAGAUAGAAUUAUAUAACUGGGAGCAAGGAGAUAUUCCUAUGGUUGAUCAUGAACGUUCUUCACCAAGUUGUCGCUUUGUGAGAAAUAUUCCAUGCGGUAACGUACCUAUCGAUACUGAUCCUGCUUUGGUAAAUUUACCAAGCCCUCGUAGCCAAGAUGUUUGUGGAAUAUAUAAUCUAGAAAGUCAAUCAAAGUUCGAUAAAGAAAGAAAUAAGUUAAGAUCUUUAGGAAUUGAAAGGCCAAAAUCACCAGUAUAUACAAAAUAUGCCAGCAUAGAAUCUAGAAUAAGGAGCUUUGAUACGUGGCCAAAAUCUUUCCCACCAGACAAGAACCAAUUGGCAGAAGCUGGAUUUUUUUAUACCGGAAAAGAAGAUCAAACAGUAUGCUUCCACUGUGGAGGUGGAUUAAAAGAUUGGAAACCGGAGGAUGAUCCAUGGGACCAACACGCUAAGUGGUUUUCAAAAUGUUAUUAUCUUUUAAUGGCUAAAGGAAAAGAGUAUGUGAAUGCAGCGACGGGACAAUGUGUAACAUCUUCAUCAUCAUCAUCAUCAUCAUCAUCAUCAUCAUCCAAUGAGGUAACUUUAGAUAUCAAACUGCUCCCUUUCAUCGAGAACCUUGAGAAACAAUCACUAAAGGAAGUAUCUAAAUCAGAGGAACUUGAGAAUAAUCCCAAGUCCAAAAACAAUGAUAUAAAAAGUUCGAGUUCUAAUCCAUCCAACUCUAUGACAGAAAAGGAAUAUGAGAAAGAUGGAAGAUUAUGUAAAAUCUGUUUCAAUGCAGAAAUGAGUAUAGUAUUUUUACCUUGCAAACAUAUGGUUUCAUGUCUUAAUUGCGCAUCUAUUUUAUCUCAAUGUCCUAUUUGUCGAAAACCAAUAGAUUUAGUAAUAACAGCAAUCUUAUCUUAAAAAGUAUUAUCAAUAUGUAUUAUACAGUAACUAUUAAUCAGAUAGAAGAACUCAUAUAUAAGAGUAUUUCUAAUUGUUUAU